AUGAGUGGGACAAGCCUGACUUCCGCUACGGCGUUUUCGCCGUCACUGGAAGCCAUCAAGCUGGCGGCUAGCAUGUACAAUGCAGCCCGCGAGGGUAACAAGGCUGUUCUUAAGGAGGCUCUCCUCGAUGGGCUACCGCCGAAUUUGACGAAUGAAAAGGGCGACACAUUGCUGAUGUUGGCGGCUUACUACGGCCACGCGGACCUUGUCAAGCUCCUCAUAGAACAUGGAGCAGACCCCAACAGACUGAAUGAUAAGCGCCAGAGCCCUCUCGCAGGUGCUGUCUUUAAGGGGUUGGAUUCUGUUAUUGAGGUUCUCUUGGAAGGGGGUGCUGACCCAGAGUACGGCACACCGUCAGCGAUCCAGUGUCUUUCCAUGUUCAAGCAGGAGGGCAAGUGGGCCGAGAAAUUCGAGACGGCGCCUGGACGAGGGAAAGCAAAGGCUGUUCCUCAGGAUGCGAGCGAGGAGAGGGCUCCCGAAAAGUUCAAAGCGUGA